AUGGACCGCUCUGAGGUUGGCCGCCAAACAGCCCUGCCAAACGGGUGUACCAUGGCUGAAGCAGCUGAUGAGAGAACCCCCCUACUGUCGUCCACCAGCGUCUCUCACACCACUGUUUCUCACUCAGGUGCUUCCCCUGACGGCCCUGGUAUUCCCAGAGACCACCAAGGCGAAGACGAUGAUGAUGUCAUCCAGCCCAGAAAAAAUCGCAGGCGGUUGAAAAAGAUCUGGACCUCACUCAAACCUUCGACCGAGAGUCAGAUUCUUCUUGCUGGCUUUCUCAUCACCCUCAUCCUCUAUGCCUUCCACCUCAUGCAAUGCGAUCACUACUACUCCACUCACCCACCCUAUACCGGCCCCGGUGACCGCUGCAACUUAGACGAGAUCGCCGCCGGCAUGGCCACGCAGUUUUCCAUCUUGGGAAUGUCUACCACGUUCUGCGGAACCAUCAACCUGUUUGUUGCUGGCUGGACAGCCAAAAAAAUUGGCCCAAAGUAUGCCUUGAUGAUUCAGACCCUGGUCCCUGGCAUACGAGUGUCGACGCAGAUUCUGGGGCUCAUGGCUGGAGGAGCAAAGGGAAUGUUGAUGAUCCAGUGCACGCAGAUUAUCACGGUCAUUGGCGGACCUGCUGGGUAUCUGUUGAUUGUAAACAUCAUCGCUGGCGAAGUGGUGCCCCCACUGAGAAGGACAGCCGUGUUUGGCAUGCUGCAGGGCUGUAUCAUGCUUGGCCAAGGCCUGGCCGGCGGCAUGAUGGGUGAUAUUUGGGGCAUCAGCCGGCCUUUCGAAGUAGCCUUUUGCGCGUUUCUCUUGUCAGCGCUUUAUGUGGCCAUGGUGGUGCCAUACAUUGAUGCAAGCACCAUCAGCAGUGCAAAGAAAGCUCGAGGCCAGGGCAUCUCCCAGUUGUUUACACCCCUGAGAGUGUUGCUGCCGCAGCGAAUCUUGUCUCGGAACGGGACCGUGACGAAACAUUACGGACUGAUGGUUCUUUGCGCUGGCAUCUUUCUCGGUGUGCUGGCAACAGGAUAUGCGCCGCUGCUUAUGCAGCUCUAUGCCACAGCCAAGUUUGACUUCAAACAGACCGAGAAUGGCUGGUUGACGUCAGGUUUUGCCUUUAUGCGCGGUAUGUUUUUAAUAUUUGCUUUCCCCCGCAUCAUCAACAGGGGACGAUGUUGGUACAUGACACAGCAUCCAGAGGCGCAACAGCACCAUGACCACGGCAAUGGCCAUGAAGAAACGGCUCACCUGGCAACCACCCCAGAAGAGUUUGAAGCACCUAUCGGAUCUUUUGCCGAGCAAGAGCCAGUGGACGCGGAGCCGGUCAAGGAGGACGAGGGGACCGAAUUCGACCUGUAUUUCUUGCGAAUCAGCCUUGUGGUGGACGGGGUACUGACAAUGUGCACGGCCUUUGCAACCGAGAGGUGGCAUAUAUUUCUUGCUGCGUUUCUGCUCCCGCUGGCGUCUGGGUCAGCACCGGCGGCCAAGGGAGUCAUGACUGAAAUGUGCUCCCUAUCUCAACGUGCGGACGCACUAAAUGCACUGGGUCUGGUGGAAAACAUUGCUCGCCUGUCAACACAGGGCUUGUUCGGCUUUGUAUUUGCGGCUCUGGCUGAGGUCGGGAAGCCGCAUCUUACCUUUUUUGUCAAUGCUGUGAGUGUGCCGAAAGUGAUCAAGACUGUUGUGGCCCAAGAGCUGAUGUGA